GCCAGCCUCAAGCUGAGCUCCAUAUAAAAAUAUGCACUGUGGUAUCCAGCGCAUGAAUGAAACCUGCAGGACCUUAUAGUCGGCAGACAUGGAGCACAAAACUCAACUAACGCUGGCUUUUCUUCUUGCUCAGGUGUUGCUACAAACAUUCACAGUUAGUUCUGACUGCACACCUGGAUUCCAGCAGAAGAAAUAUCAAGUCUUACAGUCCUCGGAAUAUAAAAAGGACCAGUUCAUUUUGAAAGUGCUCUUUGAUGACUGCAGUGGGAAUGAAGGGCUGGUGUUUUCAAUUUCUAAUCCAGACUUGCGGGUUGAAGCAGAUGGUUCUGUAUUUGCUGUAAAAGAUAUGGACCUCACUAUACCUGGAUUCUACAUCCAAGCAACAUCUGUUCAAGUGCAAGACUUGGUCAAAGUUCAGAUUCUAAGAGAAGAAGAUACUCGCAGUAGUACUUUGAAGGAUGCCAUGAAGAUUGGAAACAGCACUAUUCUGCACAGAAGUAAACGAUCUUUAAUAGCUCCUCCCAUCUCAUUCCCUGAAAAUCAAAGAGGACCGUUCCCCAAAGCUAUUGGAUGGGUAAUAACCGACAAGAAAGAUAAUGUCAAGUUUCAACUUCACGGGAAAGGUGUGGAUGAAGAACCAAAGGGCAUUUUCAAAAUCAAUGAUCAGUCUGGACAAAUCAUUGUCACCCGGACAUUGGAUCGUGAGGCUAUGGAUAUGUAUAUUCUGCAAGUCGAAAUUACUGACCCCAGUGGAAAACUUCUUGAAGGACCAGCCACCCUGUAUAUCACUAUUAUCGAUCAGAAUGAUAACAAACCCCUCUUCAGGGAAGGACCGUACGUUGGCCAUGUUCUGGAAGCAUCCCCCACUGGAACUACUGUGAUGCGAAUGACAGCUCAUGAUGCAGAUGACCCCAAUACGAACAAUGCAGUUCUGCGCUACAGUAUCAUAAAACAGACACCAGAGACACCAUCUCCAAACAUGUUCUACAUCGAUCCCGAGAAAGGAGACAUUGUCACAGUUGUGCCUCCAUCAAUGUUAGACCGAGAGACCCUGGAGGUACUGAAAUACGAGUUGGUUGUCGAAGCUAAAGACAUGGCGGGCAGUGAUGUGGGAUUGACUGGCACAGCAACAGCGACCAUCAUCAUCGAUGACAAGAAUGACCAUGCACCUGUGUUCACCAGAUCGAUGUUUCAAGCUACAGUGAAGGAAGGAUUUACUGGCAUCAUAGUAAAUCUUACAGUGGAGGACAAUGACGACCCAGCUACUGGAGCGUGGAGAGCUGUCUACACUAUAAUCAAUGGGAAUCCUGACCAGAAUUUCAAGAUUGAAACCAACCCAAAGACUAAUGAGGGAAUGUUAUCUGUUGAUAAGUCUUUGGAUUAUGAAAGAUCUGCAUUUCACACACUGCUAAUUAAAGUGGAGAAUGAAGACCCAAUCAUGCCAGAGAUCAGUUAUGGCCCCAGUUCUACCACCACAGUACAAGUCACAGUUGUUGAUGCCAAUGAACCACCUAUUUUCAAUCCAGACCCAACAAAUGUAGUCAAACCGGAGGACAUCCCAAUAGGCAGUGUUGUUGUGACAUUGAAUGCAACUGAUCAAGAUAUUCUACAGAAGCAGACAAUUAAGUUUGCACAGUUUCAGGAUCCUGCUGGCUGGCUGACCAUCAAUCCUACCAAUGGUACCGUAACAACUAAAGCAGCCCUGGAUCGGGAAUCUCCCUUUGCACAUGACGGUCAAUACACAGCCUUAUUUCUUGCUACUGACAAUGGUGACCCGGUGGCUACUGGCACUGGUACCUUGAUUAUCACCAUGCUGGAUGUGAAUGACAACCCACCCUCUGUUUAUCCAACUGUAGCAAAGUUCUGUGAGGAUUCAAAGGACCUCAGUGUGGCUAUUCUGGGAGCAACAGACAAAGAUCUUGAACCAAACGCUGAUCCGUUCAAAUUUCAAUUGGGCAAGCAACCCGGAGUUGAAAAAACCUGGAAGGUCACCCAGGUCAACAGCACUCAUGCUCGACUCAGCCUCCUGCAUCCGUUGAAAAGAUCCAACUACAAUUUGCCAAUUGUAGUGACAGACAGUGGGAAGCCCCCAUUGACCAACAGCACAGAUGUUUUAGUCCAAGUCUGCUCUUGCAAGAAGAACAAAAUGGACUGCAGCACAGCCAACUCUCUUCACAUCAGUAUCACGCUCCUCUUGAUUUCUAUCAUCACAUUGUUCUGCCUGUAACAAGCACUGCUGUUUGAUGCUGCCCGCGGAGUUGCUGUGGCAACAAGAGGGGAAAAAAAGCCAAAUCCGAAGAUUUUACAGGAUUUACAGUUGCUCAAGUUCUAGACCUCCUUGCUCCAAGCACGCUUUAAUUUGUACCUUCACUAGUCUAUCAAACUGUGCUAUGGUCAAUGACAGCCUCUGACCUUACUAGCUUCCACUAAUGGGUUCCACCUCGAUGAGCAAGUGUUGCAUUGCUUUUCCUUGAAGUUAGACUGAACAUCCAUUCAGAGGACAUGAAGAUAGAGUACACAAUUAACCCAAUAUUCUGUUCUACAAUAUUUUAAUUGUAAUAGCAAUGAAAAGAAGGCUAUUUUGUCAAAUCAAAACAUUUUUUACAGGAGACACUAUUUGGAAGCUAAGUAAGACAUGCUGUUGGUUCUUGUAAGGCAAGUUGUUCUCUGUGUGUCAAGGAAGUUUUAAGACAAAUUGUUCUUUGUGUCAAGGAAGUUAAACAUAGAUUGUGCGUAAGUGGUAAAUAUUGCUGUACAUGCCUUUUGUUUUCUAAUUUCUUUUAUUCAACCAGUAUUUUAAGGCAGAAUUAAAUUCAGUAACCUCUAUACUGCCACAUACAGGACUGUAUCAGGUAUUACAUUAUGAUUACACAACUCUGCCAUCACUAACCAUGUUUAAGCAAAAGGUUUGCAUGGCUUCAAAUUAGGAAUAGCAGGUGUCAGUGGAGUGGAGUAAAAGGCAAUACACUUUUAUCUAGAGUAAGUCAAGACUCUGGCAGUUAGCAAUCCAGUGGGUUAAGAACUUGUCACAGCAGUAGGAAUAUUGCAUGCUAAUGAUUCUGCAUCACUGUGAGGUAUAUACCAGACGAAAACUGCAAUGCAAGAAAUCCUCACAAAUAUCUCGUAUCUUCACCGGUCUCUGUCUUACUUAUAUUUGAUGUUCAUUGGAUGGAAAUUGUUAUCCUCUGCUGGUUUCUUUGAUCCACCAUUUUAUGAAUAUUGGCAGAGACUACGAUAAAGCUCCAUUGCCUGUUAGUCUUGCUAUUGUGGCAGGUUUUUUUGCAAUCAAUAUUUUAGAACUCACUUCAAGCUCUCCAGCCAUCUGCUCUCUCCUUUCUUUGUCUGGAUACUGUCUUAAUGAUACUAAUUGCAAACAUCCUCUAUCACUUUUCCAUAUUGUCCUGUAAAACUCAGCCUGCAGGUUCGCAAUGCUCACUGGCUCUAUUCACAAGUUCUACAUCAUAAGUAUAUGUCAGAUAGAAGAUAUAACUGUAAUGUAAUUUUCUAGUGAAAGUGAAUAUAAAGUUUGGUGCUGAGGGUUAUCCUGAGUUUAAAAAAACUUUUAAGUUUUCUUUUUAAAACUGGAGAAUCCAAAGGCAGGAAUGGGUUUUCAAAGUCAGUCAAGGUAGGCAUAUGUUACCAAAUACAACCAUGAGAUAUAGUUUUCUGCAGGCAUUAAAAUAAAGAAAUACAACAGAAUUUAUGAAAAGCUAUACUUAAAUGAAGACUGAGAAACAACCAAACUCAUUGCUAGUUAUAGAUACACAGUUUGAUCAGUGCAUAGCUUCAUCAUGCAAAUAUCUAUCUCUAUCUUGAUCUGUGUUUUACAGAAUGAUUUUACAGAUCCAAGAGCUGGCUAUGUCUACAUUCAGAUAAAUUAUCCAUGGAUUUCCGCCAAAAGUAGAAUAUUUUACAUUAAAAAAAUCAUAACACAUGAUGGUGCAUAUAUAGGUAUAUUAAAUGCCAUUUUAACAACAUUUUGUUCUCAUUACUAUUUGAACCCCUCCUGUGAGACAGAUAACCACAUCCCUUUGAAAUAAUUUUUGAACUCCCCUGUAAACAAAAUAUUGCACAAUUCUGAAUUCUUAAUAUUUUCAGCGAACAUUUUCUGAAAUAUUCAACAAGUAUAUACUAGGAAUUCUGCUUUACUAGACAUCACUGAGGUUACAAGAGAAAGGAGCAGGAAUAGAUCAAUUCGUUUUUCAGGCUUGCUUUGCCAUUUACUAUCAUGGCUGUUCUUCUACCUCAAUUAAACUAGCCUGUUCUGUCCACACAUCAUUGGAUCCUUCUAUAAAUCUAUCUUUAUCUGUCUUGAGAACGUUCAACAUAUUUGCAUCUGCAACCCUAAGAGGUUCAGGAUUCUAAAGACUGGCAGCACUUUAAUGAAAGGAAUAUCUUUUCAUCUAAAACACACAUAACCGUCCCCUACUCUGAAACUUUGUACGGCAGUCAUGUCGGAAUGCUUCUCCUCUCCGGCAAUCCAAGAUUCGAGUUCCAGCUGUGGCCAUGGUUGUGGAAUUUAAGUUCAGUUAAUCACAAAACCCAGUGGGUUCAAUGAUAUCCUACAGGGGAGAGAAAUUUGCCAUCCUUACCUGGCCUGGCUUACAUGUGAUUCAUCCCAUAUAGUUGAAUCGUAAAACAGCUUAGCAAACCACUCAGUUCUUUCCACCAUCUACUCAAAGGGCAAUUAGAGACAUACAUGCUGUCCUUGCCAAUAAUAACCCAGAUCCUGGAAAAUGAAAUAAAUAGGUAAAAUUAUAGGUGCCCUUGAAUAAUUUUUCUAGUAGUCUGUGAAUUUGCAUGUUUCACCUCUCAUUUUUACGAGCUGUGAGUAAUAUCGGUCUCUCUGAUCAUCUCAUCACAAUAAUCAGUCUAGUGAACAGUCUACUAAAAACAAGUAAAAUUUAUUUAAAAUUUUUCACAAUACUCCAAGUGUAUUCAUGGUUUCCUGUAACUGCAAUAAGAAUUCCUGGUCUAGAUGUUCUCACAGAAAAGCACAAUAUUUAAGUGUGCUACAUAGAAUUUCAAUGUGAAAUGGACUGGUAACUGUAUCUAUUGUGACAUUCAUAAUUAAUGCUUCUAAUUCCUUCAUGUGUUAAUGCAUGAAUGAACCUAGAUCAGCACAAUCAAACCCAGGAAUUGUUAAUCUGUUCACCUCAGCUUCAAAGUUCACUCACCUGUACAUGUCCCAUGGAUGGUGCAGGCCACACACACAAAUAGAAAAUCAGUGUUCACAAUAAAUCCUGCUUAGAAGAUCUCCAAGCAUAAGGACUCUGCUGGGAGAUAGGCACUAAGAAUCAGCUACAAGAUAGUUCAAGUUCAAAUUUAUUGCCACUUAACUACGUACAUUGAUGCCGCCAAAUGAGACAACAUUCCUCCAGACCUUGGUGCACAGCCCAGUCUAUAUAACUCAAACACAACACAUAAAGUAUUCAGAUAAAAAAAACCUUAUAUUUAUCUCCACCCCCACUUACUCAGUCAUGACUUUGACAAUCUCUAAAUCUCAGUCUUCACAAUACACUACUCAAUUACAUAAGACUCUAAACAUAGAUAAAUCCUUUUAUACACAACCAAGAGCACCCCUUUCCAACUGCAGUGAUCUAAUUUCCAAUGCUCUAAUUGCCCUCUCCUUACAAUGAAGUCCUGGCCCUCCCACACCACUCACAGGCCUUUCUCCACUGUGACCUCACCCCAUGACCUUUAGCCAGUGAUGGAGCAAGUUGAGGAAAGACCUGUAUGGACAUUAAACAUGCAAAGAAUCCCUUAUUGCAUGCUGUGCCUUGGACUUCAUGUACAUUGGAAGUACUGUAUGCAUCACAGACCCACACACUAAACAUGCCCCUGCCCACUACAUACUGUAUCUCAUGCUUAACCUGUCUUUCCCUAAGCUGUAAGCUUUCAAACCUUUAUACUCUGAUCUCUUUGUAAUAUAGUCUAAUUUGCCUUUUUCUCUCCCUUUUUUGUUGCCUGUGCCUGCAAUUUAGGUUUUCUGUGAUUCAUGUCAAAGAUGCAUUGGCCAUUCUGAAUACAGUAACAACAUGUCAGUCUUUUUAAAAUGUAUUAUGUAUUGCUAGUUUUUCUACAAGGCUGUAAAAAUAUGUUUGUAAUAUUCUUACUACCAUGCCUGUACACUAACUGAGGAAACCCAUAACACUUGUUGUAUCUUACCUCUCAUUUCCCCCUCAGCUUCCUGUUACCAGCAGAUCUAAACAUUCUGCACUCUGUCCCCUUACCUGACACAUUGGCAUUGACUGAAAACAGCUAAGCCUAAUCAUUGAUUCUGCUACUCCACAAAUUAUACCUAUUAACUUAAAAAAAAAAGGCCCCUGUACUCUUAAUCUGUUUUCUUUCCUUAUCCAGUGCUCAAUCCCUGCCAAGAUAUUUUUUUCAUUUGCAGAACCCUAAUUUUGUGUAAUAAUCUCUUGUUUGGAAUAGUGUUGUGAGGCAGUGAAUAAAUUGGACAAUAUUUAAUGUCAUAAUGAAUUAAGCAAGCGCUUUACAAGACCAGAGUUUGAAACAUGGUAUAAGGAACAGCAUUGGAAGACACUUGUCACAAACAGCUGUCAAGAUCACAAAUAAAGGCCAACAAUUUAGUAUGAUAUGUGGUGGGUAUGAAUAUACAGCACAAAAUUCCUCUUAAUUUGUUUAGAUGACGUUAGGAAACUCUACUGAUAUUUAAUGCACAGUGGAGUUCAAGCCAGUCCUUAGACAUUGGCAAUCAAGUGAACUGGUACGGCUGGAAACUUAAAAUCCAGCAAGUCUUCAGGCUGCUUUAGCAUCUGUCCUGGUUUUAUUUCCAUUCAGUUCAAUGGAAAUCUGCAAAUAGUUGUGAAACAAACUCCCCAGUUGCUAUCACCUGUUUAACUCCAAUCCAGAAUCUCCCUUGCCAAUAUUAAUGUGCUACACCACAAGCAAAUAGGAAGUGUUAUAUUUCUAAUUCUGUUUCAAAAAAUAAUAUCAUGUUAAUAUACAUAGUGCAAAAUAGAAUAACAGUAUGAUAAGGGGAUUCAAAAGAAUAAUAAUAAAUUCCCAAGUACAGACAUCCAGGAAAACAUAAAAGAAGUACACAAACCCCCAAAGGGAUUCGUCUCAAAUUUUGCACUCAAUUACCUAAGCACUGUCUCCCCACCUAAACACUUUGGGUAUUAGUGUGUCGUUAAAGGUUCAUUCAUUUUUGAUUUGUGGUUGAAGUGGGAUUGUGCUUUCCUGGUGGUUUCUGUGAUAUGUGCAAGUUAAUGGAACUGAAAAAUAAAUCAUGUAUGCUGCCUGACAGGAACCAUUAAAAGCUUCUUGUUCUUGAUAACUGAACUGCCCAAUUUAGUUGUGACAAGUCCGCUAUUAGGAAUGAACAACCUUGUGUGAUUUGAACUGUCAGGGGAAGCUUCUUGGUGGCAGAUGAAAAAAGAAAAGGUUUAAAUAAUGGGGACGUUGUAACUGAUUUAAAGCUCUGCGUUUAUUUUAUCUUGGUCUUUCCCUUUUUGCCCUGCAACUGUAACACUAGGAGCAGUCUGCUUCUAAAAUACGAAUAAUCACCUUACUAUAGGGGUUGAUAGAUUACUAUCCUGGUCUCUGGCUGCUCUGCAGUAUCCAGUUCUCACUGGAAAUCCCUUUGUGCUGCACCACUUGUUCUGAGGAUCUAAUCAGUAACAGACGCAAAUGGGGCUGAAACCUAUUCCAAAGGUCAAACCCAGUUAAUGCCUCAAUUCAACUCAUAAUGUUUUAGUAAAAGAGUGUCUAGAAGGAAUUAUUUUCAUUUCAGUAUUACUAUAGCUUGAACAUUUGACCUGUCUAGCUUGAAAAAAGCAGUUUAUUUGUUAAUGGGCUUGUGGAGAAUGUGAAAGAACUGAUUGCUCAAGAAGCUGAGAAAGACCUGUGUUCACGUACAAUAAAACAAUUAAUAUCAAAGUACAUUUCAUUUUUAUGCAUUUUACAUGAGUUGCCUUGUUCUUCAUUUACUUAAAUCAUUUGCUAUGUUAGAUCAUUUACAGACUGAACAUAAAUUUAAUAAUUGAAUAAAUACAAAAUUAAAACUGUAUUUUGAGGAACAUUCAGUGUAAUAGACUUAAUGAUCAACUUCAGGACUAGAUUAGAAUUGUUAAUAUGAGCAAGUUAGUAAGGCCUAUUAUAGAAAAAUACCUGCAGCAAUUCCUUGAUAAUAUGUUAUUACUUUCCAUGAAUUUUUUGGAAGAUAGAUACUAGCCAGUUUGUAGACAAUCGGAUUUUCAUGUCUAGGACAACGGACUGCUAGGUCAAAAGUCCUCGAUACCUCUUUGAUUCUAUGGGUCCUACAUGAAAUGAGUUUGAACAGUCCCCAUCCAGCCUCUGAUGGGCUGAAGUGCAUAUCACAAACUUUUUUUUUCCUAAUUUGGCACAGGUUAGCAACAAAUUGGCAAUCUCUCUUCAAAAAACUCAUGGAUGACUGAUGUAGGAAAUUAAAAAUGUCACUCUGAUCUGGUUGAAGCAAAUCUCUAUUACUCCGCCAGCAGGAAACUUUAAAAUGUAUCUGAUGAAACUACACCUUAUUGUCGAUGUUUCAUGCUGAUACUGACUGCCUGAAAUAGAAAAAAAUGGCGGAAAAAGGUAUAAGUACCCCUCUACUUGGCUACAUCAUAACAUUCGUUUUAAAAUAAUGACAUGUAUUUAAGGCAAAACUGCUUCCUUAGAUGCUAUACUACUGCUUUGCAGAGUUUUUUUUUGUAAUACUGGUUAAUUGCUUCCAUUGGGAUGCAGAGCUACCAAACACCUGAUCAAAAGAAGACUUUGAGUGGUUCACAGUUUGACCUGCUACAUCAGUUGUUAAUGGAGAGGAUAUGAGGUGGCUUAUUGUUGAGAAUGAAAUGCAACCUAACUUUGCUGUUAUCAGACUUAAAGCUGUGACAUAUCUAAGCUCUAAGCAUUGGGAGAAGCAAGAAUUUGAGACAAUCCCUUUGAGAACAUUUAAACACAUUGUAAUUUUAAAUAGACAUGAGCAAAGUAUUUAAAUUUGACAAGAGAAGCAGUCAGGGCAUAACAUGAUGUGGCACUCUAGGAGUUCAAAAUAGUACUUUAUCAAUUAUAUUUCCUCUUACUAAAUGUUAUUUGUGAAAUGAAUCUCAGUAACUUUAUUAGUGAAUGUACAAAUGCAAACUGAUGCACAUUAUGUUUCAGAUGCACAUAUUAAAGUAAAUUUUGUUAUUGAAAAAUUAUAUAUAUAUAUUUUUCUCUCAGUUUUAAGGGUAAAAUGUGGCUGCCCUAACCAUGCAUACCAUCUCUAACCACUUUAUUUUUACUGCUUUGAACAUCAUUUGCCAAAAUGAUCCACUCGGAUAUAGGUGCUGUUAAUUAACUGAUUAAAACAUAUUUGCUGAACUGCUUGCUAUUACUUAGCUGUAAUAAAUGUUACAUUCAUGAACAUGAUGUGAUUGCAAAACGAAACUUGUAUUUAUUUGUGCGAUGCUGAAAUAAAGGAAGUCUGGGAUUUUA